UAUGGGUAUUUUCAACAUGGCGGACGUUUGUGGAUUUUGAUGUAGUUUGUCGUAUUAGAACAGGUUUUGUGCGAAAGGUAGAGAGAUUAAUGAGCAAGAAACAAGAUUUCCAGACCUGUAAGGCUUUAGUGUUGGUUAUUAUGUAGUUUUGGGUGGCCCAACUUCGUGCGCGUGUCUUUCGAAAGCUAGUAAAUCAUCAGGCGUCGACAGGUUUUGUUUUUCAUGUGGUGAAGCUAUAACUGCUGACACACACAGUGCAGGGAUGUCCGCUCCGACCCAGGGGAAACCCAAAACUUUACAGGACACCAUUCAGGACAUUGAAAACCAGAUAGCUCUGCUUGGCUCAGGUCCCAACACUGAUAAGAAGAAGGAAGACCUCGCCAAGCUUAAGGAGCUUCUGAAUAAAGCCAGGCAAGAACAAGCAAAGGUCCAGUUGCAGACUACAGCUGCCAGCUCUGGUGCUAAGCCACACCUGGUCAAGGUUCCCAUUCCUGCCAUUAACAGUAGCACCGCUGUUACCAUGGCAACCCCAUCCCCUGUUCUCCCCAGGCCUGGAGGCUCAGGACAGAACCAUUCAGCCGGCAGGAUCAGUCCAGAGGGCAGCCAGGUCCUGUCUAAGAGACGUCUGCAAGACCUUGUCCGAGAGAUUGACCCCGCGGAGCAAUUGGAUGAUGAUGUGGAAGAGUUGUUGCUUCAGGUUGCAGAUGAUUUUAUAGAGAACGUGGUGACAUCAUCCUGUCAGCUGGCCAAACACCGCAAGUCCAACACACUGGAGACCAAAGAUGUCCAGAUGUACUUGGAGCGGAACUGGAACAUGUACAUUCCUGGUUUUGGGACUGAUGAUAUCCGGCCGUACAAGAAGGCAUGCACUACAGAAGCUCACAAACAGAGGAUGGCCUUGAUCAGAAAGACCUUAAAGAAGUGACCAAUCUGGAAUGUCUACAUCACAUGAUACG